GCUACUUCAUCUGUUGCUGUUAGCUUGUCUGAUGAAAAAGAUCACUUCUCUUUUUCUACCGGACUACCUCCAGCCGACAGUCUGUUGACUCGCUCCUCCACAACGGCUACAGUUCCUGUCACAAACUUAUCAACGUUUUCUGCUGCCAAUUCUGCUACUGCUAUACCUCUACCUCCAGGGCAAUCUAAAUCUCCCUCUACUACCGCACCUGCUCUUCUCUUAUCAAAGCCAUAUGUCUCUUUUUCAUCAUCAGCAUCAGCAUUAUCAUUGUUACAUGAGUCUUCAUCUCGGCAACUCAACCCCGCUUCUCCCGUCACUAGCCUUGUGACUCAUACGGACCCAGUAAUCACUAUCUGUACUCCUUCAUGCACCAGCAUCCCUGUUAGCACUACAAGCACAUCAGGUUUCUCCUCUCUUGGACAAGGCUCUUUUGUCAGUUCUGACGAAAUAAAUACUGUUUCCGUCACAGCCAGCACCAUCAAUAGCACUUGCACCAAGACCAUUGAUUCUGUUAGUGGCAGCUAUGCGAAGGAAAGAUGUGAAACUUCCGGUUCUUUCCUAUCAGUACCACCUUCUCCUGAUGUCCUGAUUAAUCGGAUACAGCCUAAUGCAGCUGUCCACAAUUCCUUUCCAUCCCCGUCAAUUUCGCCCGGUCUAAUUCAGUUUCCCAAAAUGUCUCUAGACUGCCUGGCAAAUCAGAGCCGCAUCGAUAUUACUACUGAUAGAUCCAGCGACAGUCUCAUUUCAAGUAAACUUGAUCACUCUGGCCAACCACCACUUCUCUUGAUCACGUUAGAUGAACUGGUCGUCUCCGUGGACCCAAUGGGGAAAUCUACUAGUGAGGACUGCCAUCUUGAGCUAGAUUUUCCUCUUUUAUCUCCAUAUCCAGUCACCUCGUCUACCACCGUAUCCACUUCUGGGACAGAAUCUAAUAUAUCUUCUUUAAACUCGUCUUCAGAUAAUAAAAUGACUAGUCUAUGUAAUGAAAGAACAGCCUGUGCUGAAGGCCUAUCUACUAAUAGCAAUUCGUCUAAUUUCCUUCCUCUGCAUGAGAAAGGCGUGAACAAUGACCUAAUGGCCUCUACUCCAUCUGAUAUCACACAGGAUUCAACUUUUAUCCUUUCUUCUGAUGCUUGUGUAGUCUCCAUAUCUGACAAUCAGCCUGCUGCAUACAAUACUUUUUCGUCUGCUUCCUUAACUCAGACUUCCUCAAUCUUCGCAUCCGCAGAGCUCCCCCCUCUUGUUCAUUCGGCCUCCGCAGAUGCUCUAUUAUCCGAUAGUCCAACCAUUGCAAACGAUUCUCCCACUGGGUCCUUACAGCCAACAGCGACACCCUCACUCCUUACCUCGGAUGAAUGGCUUGAGGCAAGCGAUAGAGAACUAUAA